AUGUCUAGAACUCAUGGUAAUCAACAAAUGAUAACUAGUUUUUUUAAAAAAAAAUCAGAGGAGGAUACCGUAGUCAAUAGAAAGCGUGCUAGAAUUAAAAUUAAAACAGAUAAUAAUGAAUGUAGGACUUUAUGUAUAUCUAGUAUUAAUGUAGAGUUUCCUGGAUUUUUCAAUCCAUAUCCAUCACAAGAAUUAAUAAUGGAGGCAAAUAUUUUAUCUUUUAUAAAAUCAAAUAAUGUACUUGUUGAAAGUCCUACUGGAUCUGGUAAGACAAUGGCAUUAUUAUCAUCAACCAUUGGUUGGUUAGUAAAAUACAAAAAAGAAUUUUUAACUUCUAUUGAAAAUUGUCUUCAACAUGGAACUAAUAAAAGUAACAAAGAAGAAUAUUGUAAAUCACCACAAAAUAAAAAAAUAAAAAGUGAUGAAAAAAAAUGUAGUGUUGAUGAAUGUUUAAAUUAUGAUAACAAUAUAUUAAUUAAAUCUUUUAAUGAAGAGGAAAAAAAUUCAAUUAAAUGUACAUGUAUGAAUGAAAUUAAAAUAUAUUAUUCAACUCGAACUCACAAACAAAUAGCUCAAGUUAUAAAAGAACUCAAAAGAUUACCAUAUUGUUAUGGAAAUUCUAAUAACAUAGUUUCUAUUAAACAUACAAUAUUAUCUGCUAAAGAACAUACUUGUAUUAAUUCGGAAGUCAAACGAUCAUCAAAUAUUUCUGAAAGAUGUAAAGAAAUUGAUUUAGAUAAGAAAACAAAGUGUAGGUUCAAAAUGAAUUUACUUAAAAAAUUUGAUUUAACAAUACGUAGUUCAAUAGGUUUAAAAACUUCACCUGUAUGGGAUAUUGAAGAAUUAGUUCAUUAUGGAGAAAUGUUUCGUGUUUGUCCACAUUUUGCAGCAUCAACUUUUCUUAGAAAUGAUGCUAACAUAAUAUUUUGUCCUUUUAAUUAUAUUGUUGAUCCAAUUAUACGUGAUACAGCUAAUAUUAAUUUGAAAAAUUCUAUCGUUAUACUUGAUGAAGCACAUAACAUUGAAAGUUUUUGCCGUUCUUCAAGUAGUUUUGAUUUUACAGAAAAAGAAAUUAUUCAUUCACUAAAUGAUGUCUAUUUGAAAAAAUGUAAGCUAAUUAAGCUUAUUAAAAGAAAUUCUAGUAUUGAAUUUAAAAAAGAAGAAGAUGAUAUAGAAGUAUCUGAGUUUACGAUUUCAUAUUUAAAUAAAUAUUUAGAAGAAUUAAACUGUAUAAUUGAAUUUUUUAAAUUAUUUUUAAACUGGUUUAAAAGUUUUUCUAUAGAAGUUCUUAAUGAACCAUCAAAAACAAACAUACAAGGGCGUAUUUUUAGAACAUCAGAAAUAAUGAGAUCUCUUGUGAUAUCAAAAUUAAUUCGUUAUAAAAAUGAUUUAGUAGAAUUAAAUCGUCUCAAGAAUUCAUGGAUUGGUGCUAUGGGAUUUGCUGAUGAAGAUAAAAAUGAUAUCAAUAAUUCAAUUACUGAUACAAACGAAAAAUUGAAAAAAUUAAAAAUAAAUACUUUAUCAAUUAAUUUUUUAUUCUAUAGAAAAAUCGGAUACUAUGUUUAA